CUUUGAUCGGUGGGUUGUGUAGUUGUCAACUUCCGUUUUACUACUACUUCAGCUGGCGAUUGACAACAAAUGGCGUCCGACGAAGCUUUAAGAAAUGGUGUGCGUGCAAAUUUGGAUGCCUGGCUCCAAAAAUUACAGUGCGGUGGUGAUGUAGUAAAGCAGGCCUUCUUUAAGAAGAAAUUCAUUCAGAGACUCCGAGAAUCUCCUGUUGCCAUAGAAACAGAAAAGGCCAAUGAGCAGCAUUAUGAAGUGCCAACAGAAUUUUUCCUGACGGUUCUGGGCAAGAGGCUUAAGUAUAGCGGAUGUGAAUGGCCAGAAGGCUGCGACACCCUUGAGAAAGCUGAAGAUUAUUCAUUGAAAGUUAUCUGUGAUCGAGCUGGUAUCGCGGAUGGGCAGUCAGUGCUGGAUCUUGGGUGUGGAUGGGGCUCAUUAAGUCUCUAUAUCUGCGAGAAUUUCCCCAAAUGUCAGGUGACAUGCGUGUCCAACUCCAACACACAAAGACAGCUGAUACAACAGCGGGCCCUGAAACGAGGCUACCAGGGGCGUCUGGAGUGUAUCACCGCGGACGCCAAUGUUUUUACCACACCAAAGCGGUUCGACAGGAUUUGCUCCAUCGAGAUGUUUGAGCACAUGAAGAACUACGAAAUCUUGAUGCAGCGAGUGUCCUCCUGGUUGAAGCCCUCCGGAAAGCUGUUCAUUCAAGUGUUAUGCCAUCGGAUGUAUCCUUACGCCUUUGACACAAAACCAGGUGCCGACACGGAGUGGAUGGCCAAGAACUUCUUCUCUGGCGGAACGAUGCCUUCUGUAGAUUUGUAUUUGCAUUUUCAGAAUGGCGUUCGAAUUGAAGAUUUCUGGGUGAUAAAUGGUAGUGAAUACAGCAAGACCUUAGAGGCGUGGUUAGAAAAACUGGAUGAAAACAAAACCAAAGUCAUGGAAAUUCUUCGCAAAGCUUAUGGGGAAGAUGCAGAUAAGCAGCUCUUCAAUUGGAGGUUAUUUUUCAUAUUUUGUUCGGAAGUGUUCGGAUAUGCGGAUGGAAAUGAGUGGAUUGUUUCCCAACAUCUAUUCAAGAAGCAGCAAAUUAGUGCUUUAUAAGAUGCUGACGUGCUCCAGAAUUUUCAGAUUGUUAAUUACUUUUAUUAAGUUUAGGCUGGAUCAGUUGUUUUGUUAUAGACUCUGGGCUAGUUAUGUGAUCUAUUUAAAAACAAAACUUUUGAGGGCUAUUCAUGACUUCCAAUAGGGCGAGUAUAAAAAAUAUCGUCACCUUAGUGCAAUAACUCAAUAACUGCAUAUAGAUAUAGAAGCAGAUAUUGAGUUCUUGCACUAAGCUGACUAAAUAUGGUUUUGCAUGUAGGACCAUUUUGUUUUGACUUACGGACGUUAACUCAUGUUCUUUUCAGAAUGUCUCAAGAUAAUUUUUUUACUAACAUUUCCAUUACUGAAUUUAGUUGUUGUCAGUUGUAGUCAAAAUAGUCAUGAUUCUGUGUGUUUUGUUCGACGUUUUUAUUUUUGAUAUAUAUACAUGCAUAUACCGUAAGUGUAUUUUAAUCUAGUAUUAAAUAAACUAUUUAUGUAUAAUAAAGAACGGUGUGUUGAAGGAAUAUUUUGAUUCUGACAAAAGCAUUGUCUCAGACGGAGACUAUAUGCUUUGUGUGUAUUAUGUAAAAGUAUUCUUACAUUUUCAACAAUAUGUAUUUAUAAUAAACUAAAAAGAAAU